AUGUUUGGUCUGCUGGUGCGUUUCCUCUGGCCUCUGGCUCUGCUCCAAUGCAUCAAUGCCCGAGUGACCCUGAUGCCAAAGUUCUACGGCCAGGAUAGUGCAGUCAUAGUCGUUGCGGAACGAAAGGUGCCUUCGAAACUAGACUCAAAGCUGCAGAAUGCUUUGUACUACAAUUUCCCCGUCUACAAGCUGAUAAAGCCAGGCGUACAAACGACCACAACUACAACGGCUGCCCCUGUCCCAACUAACUCAGAGUACCCAAGUGAUUUGCUCGAGAUUGCCCAAACGAAGCUGGGCCUGAAGGUGCUGCCGAGCAUAAGCGAGCUUGGACAGUUAAUUGGGACCCGCAGCAAUAGUGAAACUAUCGAGUACGUCCGUUCGCUGACCUCCAAUGAACAGGGUAUAGCCUUGAUGAAAGAUUAUCUGGAGACGCUGGACUAUGAGCUGUCCGAAGAUGUGCCGGAUAGCGUCGACGAUGGUGACGACGCUAGCGAUGAUGACAAUACCAUGGACAAUGCAGAUGUCGAAGCGGACUUUGACGAGCGCCCACGACUGGAGACGACGAGUAGGUCCACCAUAACCACCAAAAAACCCGAGAUGCAGGGAAGCCUUCUUCAACGUUUCGGCGACUUUAUGAAGAAGUACAGCCUAUGGUCGGAGACCACCACGACUCCAGCUCCAGCCACUAGGAAGCCAAUGCCUUCGGCCGUCUCGUUCAAGCCGGUGUUUGUGGCGCCACCAGGCGCGGCCCGCAUGCGUCCUCUUCUCGUGCGUCAGCCUCUACCCUAUCACUAUCCCAUUCCACUGCGUCCUGUGAUGAUCCCAUCGAAGCCAACUCAAGUGCCCAGCACAACGGCGGCACCCAGGCCAAAUAAGGUACCCCACUUGAACACGCCCAAGCACAUAGAUGUUGAGAUGCAAUCUCCUCCUGUGGCCACACAUGUGCGCCAGCUAGCUGAAAUGGCGAACAUCUCCCCCCAGGUACUAGAUCGCUUCCUGAAGCAACAGCCCAAACUGGCGGAGCUGGCCAAGCGGGUGAGCACCCUGUCCCUCAGUCAGGACCAGACGCGAGAAAUGGACUCCCAGAUCUUCAUGGCCGUCAAGAGGGCCCUGUCCCAAAAUGAGGAACUGAAACGCCUGCUAGAAUCGGCCCAGACAUUAAAAUAG